AUGGGUCCUGUUUUGCUUCUUCUUCUUCUUCUGCUCCCAUCCCUCCUCAGAGCACAGGUGACUCCAGACAUCCUAUCAGGAGUCUCGGUGGAGGCAGACAACAGAACCGACUCUUUAUCAAACAGCACAGGACCCUCAGAUGUCCCCCCUCCCCUCCACCUCCUCCUCCACCUCCUCCUCCCCCCCUCUAGCUCCUUCAGACCCACAGAUCCAUCUGGGUUUGCAGCGACGCCCUCAGAAGCUCCCACACAGGAGGAAGAUGAUUGGUCGCCAGCAGAGAACUUCCUGUACACUAGAGACCCGUCCGCUCUGGAGGCCUCCCGCUGCUCCCGGGCGUACAGCCCCCGGGUCUGGCCGGGUCGCUUCCCGUCAGCUUCGGCACCCCUCCGUUCGGCUCUGGACGCGCUGGCCAACACGGCCAACUUCCUCAACAUGAUCUUCCAGGCCAGCGACCUGCGGGAGAGCACGGUGCAGGAGGACAUGGAGUGGUAUCACGCCCUGGUCCGGGCCCUCCUGGAGGCCGACCUGCUCAUCCGGCGGGCCCUGCUGACCUUCGACGCCGACCCGACGACCCCGGCGCCGCAGCUGGUGCUCUGCGCCUCCCGCAACCCGUCGGCCAAGGUGCAGACCAUCAUCCUCCAGGACUUAUCCAAGGCCUGGGAGAGCCUCCACCCGCCGGCCCCCGCCCCCGACGACAGCUGGUUCAGGAGCUUUAAAUUCCCGGAGUCCAGCCAGCCGAUGGCGGCCCUGUCCAAGCGGGUGCUCCUCAACGACCUCAGCACCUUGGACACGCCCAAGUGGAGGCAGGGCGACAGCUACGUGACCAAUCACAGCGGGGUGCGCUUGGGGAACGCCCCCUUCCUCGACUGUGAGGACGGACUCUUCGUCUCCGACUGGAUGCUCACACUGUCCACCUCCUUCUACGGCCUCAAGCCUGACCUGACACCAGAGUUCAGAGGUGUGAUCCGUGUGGACGUCAACAUUCAAGACAUCGACUUGGACCAGUGUGCAACAGGAGACGGCUGGUUUGCUGAUACUCACCUGUGCAACCGCACCACCAUGGAGUGCGUACCAAGUCCAGGUCAGGGCUUUCGACUGGGUCAGUACUGCUGCCGCUGUAAAGAAGGCUACUACAACCCAGAGAUAGCCCCUCGAGCUUCAGGUGUGGAUGCAGAUGGUGGCCCCGUGAACAGGAGUGACGGCGGUAUGUGUUACCCGAACAUGCCAAUCUGUCUCCCCUGCUGGCCGGGCUGCCAGAGCUGCCAGGACGGCACCCCAUGCUGGGUGCAAGAGGCCUGGCUGCUCAGGGGCGGCGUGCUGGCCGUCCAGGGCGUCUUCAUGCUCCUCAUCUUUGUCAGCAUGCUGGUGGCCUACAGGAACCGUCGCAACCGGAGGAUCCGGGCGUCCGGCCUGCUGCUGCUGGAGACGAUCUUGUUCGGCUCUCUGCUCCUCUACUUCCCGGUGUUCAUCAUGUACUUCAAGCCGAGUACGUUCAGGUGUAUUCUGCUCCGCUGGGUCCGAAUGCUCGGCUUCUCCAUCGUCUACGGGACGGUCACUCUGAAAAUGUACAGGGUCCUGAAGGUGUUCCUCUCACGCACGGCCCAGAGGGUGCCCUACAUGUCCAGCCUGCACCUGCUGAGGAUUCUGGGAGUGAUGCUGAUGACGGUCAGCUGGUUCCUGUGCGCUUGGACGGUCGGUGUCCUGCAGAACCGCGACAGGAACAUCCCGGUGUUCAUCACAACCAGCACGUCGGACGGCCAGGGGUUCAUCCUGUGUUACCUGGACCGCUGGGACUACAUGAUGGCUGUGGCGGAGCUCCUGUUCCUGUGCUGGGGCAGCUCCCUGUGGACCGCCGUCAGGCCGGUUCCCUCGGCCUUCCACGAGCCUCGUUACAUGGGCAUCGCCAUCCACAACGAGCUGCUUCUCUCCUCCAUGUUUCAUCUGUUCAGGUUCACCUUUCCAUCUCUCCAUCCUGAUUGGAUGUUGCUGCUCUCGUUCACGCACACCCAUGUGACCAUCACCGUGACUCUCGCCCUGCUCUUUAUUCCCAAGUUUCUUUAUGUGUCUAAGCCGAGCAGAGAGGAGAUUGCAGCAGAGGUGUAUGAAGAUGAAGUGGACCUGCGGCGCUCCGGCUCGUACCUCAACAGCAGCUUUCACUCUGCUUGGAGUGAACACAGUGGAGUGGACCCGGAUGACUUUCGGGAUGAACUGAGGAAGUUAUAUGCCCAGUUAGAAGUCCACAAGACCAAGAAGAUGACAGCAAACAACCCCCAUCUGUCAAAGAAGCGAAGUUCUCGAUGCACAUUGGGGAGAUCCAUUAUUAGACGCAUUGCGGAGAUCCCAGAGAGCAUGAGCCGGCAGUACAGCCGCGAGGACAAAGACGGAUCCUUCCACAGUAGGAUCAGUGCGUAUCAUUCCGAGUCUUUCAGGAGGGCCCCGGAUAAUGUCAGUAUCAGUUAUAAAAGUUCCAUGAAAUCACCAUUACCAUCACCAUCAAUGCGCAAGUCCCAAAGUGAUCAUCACUAUGUCAGGGAAAGAGACCCUUCCUUGCGUGACUCCAUGUUAAAGGCCAACACUGUGAAGAGAUCUUCCAGGCAAUCUGUGACAGAUUCCUUGGAUAUCCCACUGGGAGUUUGCAAGUCAGCCAGUGCGCAAAAUCUGACAAUUGAUACCAAUUUCCUGCAUCCUGAUCACACCAAGCUUCAUAAGUCCUGGAGUCUAACCUCCGCUACCACCCAUUCUAUGGAGAACCUAGCCAAGGUUAACAGAGCCAGCACGGUGGUGGCGAGGUCCCGGCAGAGCAUUUCCAUUGGUGACCAGACCAGGAGUGCUCUCCAGUCAGAGUCAUUUGACAAGGCGGAGGUCUGUCCUUGGGAGUUAGAUCAAGAACAAUCAACGGACAAGAACCAGAAACAUGUCACCUAUGCCAACUCUGAGGAUGGGUCGGAGAAAGGGCCACCAACCCCAGAAGUGCUCGCCUGUCCCUGGGAUCAUUUACCAUCCGUAGUAAAGAACCCGUCAGAGGAUAGGGGAUCGAGUGGAGCUGAGUCUCCCAAACCACAGGCCUCCGUGUCUGCAAGUGCACCAGGCACUCCGAGACCAAAGGUCACAAAAGAUCAACGUAUCUUCUCGUUCCGCACCACCACCACCACUAAGUGGCUCUCUGUGAAAAAAGCUAUGGAUUCCUUUGAUGGAGGAAGCAUGUCCGGUAAAGAGGGGAGUUUCAAUAAAGAGGAUUCUGUUUCACAAAAAAGUCAGGAAAGUGCUUCAACAACGCCAAGAUCUAGAACAUCUAGUCGACGUCCCAGCGUUGAAAAGAGGUCACUGCAGAAAAGAAGUAUGACAAUGGCAGAAAAACCGUCUCUCGUGAAACAAAAUGCCAUCAGACUUUCUUCUAUGGAUUCUUCCGAUAGAAGCCCAAGAAGGCUUUCGAUCGCAAAAUCUGCCGUCUACCCUUGGGACGUGGAUGACAUGCAAAAAGAUGGCACUCACGAACAUGUGUUUUUAUCAAGGCAGAGCAGCAAACGUAGUAUUGGUUCUUGGGAAACUGCUAGCAGUUGUAGAACUCCUUCAACUCACAGAAGGGGAAGUAAUCGAAUUACACCCGUCCGCAAUACUUCCUACACAGAUGUGUGUCCAUGGGAUGAAGCUGGUACUUCCCAGGAAGGAGAGGGACUUAAGAAGCAGCAGAGCAUUAAAGCAGACGUCUGCCCUUGGGACGCACAGGUGUCUCAACCAGCUAACGUAUGUCCAUGGGAAUCUCAAGAGCAAGGGGAUAUGAAAAGACGGGGAAGUGGUCGUAGUGAUGCGUGCCCUUGGGAUUCACAGGAUAUUCCAGUUAUUUAUUAUACUAACAUGUCCAGAGAUUCACAGGGACAACAGUCUUUGAAACGUCCAGCAGAUGUUUGUCCCUGGGAGGCAGCGGAAAGUCCUCAACCUUCAGUAAAGCAAGAUAAUGAAUCUGCUAAUGUCUGUCCCUGGGAUGUUCAGGACAAAGCUGAAGUUGUUUAUGAAAACCUAAAUCCUUUGGAGACCAAGGGAACGCUGUCGGUGCCUCAUCGACAAGAAAUUAUGAAACCUGCCAUCUAUCCCGUUACGUCAAAACAAAUAAGUAAUGUGCAGCAACACCAUGCAAAAUCCCCUGACCUGCAUUUGGGACGACAAAUAACCAAGGUAGCAGAAAGUUGUCCGUGGGAAUUCCCUGAACCCCCUAAAAACUUGGGAAACAUUUGUCCGUGGGAAGAGGAGAACACUGAGUCAACUGAUACAGGCUCAACGACACAAAAGACUAUCAAGGUAGAUAUUUGUCCCUGGGAGAUUGGACAUCAAGACACACCAGCAGACUCAGAAAAAGGUGUCUCACCAUUGAGAGCUGCUUCUGUACAGACUGAUGGGAAAGACAGCACAAAGGUAAACAUAUGUCCCUGGGAAACUGCCCCCCCUGAUGUUUGUCCGUGGGAUAGUGGCGAACCAGAAUCAGGAAAGCCACAGACUCCCAAAACAUCUGAGAGUCAUGUAAGGCAAGAAACGGCUCGCGCAGGGGCAGUCAAAACUGAAGUAUUAAAAGCAUCAGAGAACCUACAAAGUCAAGGAAUUUCCCAUGAAAAUGUUUGUCCCUGGGAGACAGAAGAACCAAAAGUUCUCCAAAAGCAAGAUAGCCCUCGAGGAAAUGUUUGUCCAUGGGAUACAGAGGAACCAAAAGUUCUCAAAAACCAAGAAAGCGCUGUGGCAGAUGUUUGUCCGUGGGAUACAGACGAACCAAAGGUUCUCCAAAAGCAAGAUGGCGCUCAGGCAGAUGUUUGUCCGUGGGAUACAGACGAACCAAAGGUUCUCCAAAAGCAAGAUGGCGCUCAGGCAGAUGUUUGUCCGUGGGAUACAGACGAACCAGGAGAUGUCAAAAAACAAAACAGCACUGGAGGAAACGUUUGUCCGUGGGACUCUAAGGAUCCACAAGCCUCAACAGAAAGCAGAGUCGAUAAUCCCAAAAGUGACCAAGAUGAGGCCCCAGAGAACGGGGGCCCACUCAGUGUUGAGGAGAACCCAGCAGAUAUCAGCACAGAGUAUAUAGAUGAGUCUAAAGCAAACUUAGCUCUGGGCCGGCGUGAUGCUUUGUGUCCCUGGGCGAUGGAACGGAGCAGAUCAGGUUCAUUCACGGACAAUGCCUCGGACGUCUUCACGUGGGAGCCGGAGAACAUUCCUGAGGAAGAUGAGGACGACGAUGCAGAAUUUGCUGCCGAGGCUCUUGUAUUCCCACCUGACCUGUGA